ACCUACACAAUAUGGGUAUAAGCCAAUAUACUUUCUGAAAAUUACUAGUAGUAUAUCAACUGAAGAUUCUUUUUCACACAACUAUAAUCAUAACAUAGAAGGAACAAAAAGUAGUAGCAAUAUUCAUUCUCUCCACUCACAUACGCUGCAGCAGCAUGAGGAGCUCCACUUGGCGAAAGUAGAAGAGGCAGAUUCUUGAAAUGCUGAGCUACAUUGUGUUUGUGUCUGGGCUGCUGGUUGUUUUGGCCUCUUUUUCCGGGCAUGGCUCGGCAGUAGUGUUUAACCUCACUCUCCCAGGCCAGCACCCCAACCCGGACCAUGUCGCUCAAGAUGUUCACAGGAAAGUGAAUGUCUCAAUUUCCAGACGUGAAAUGCUAUCCUACACCUCCAACUCCUGUCUGACAGGCAACCCCAUCGACGACUGCUGGCGUUGCGACCCAAAUUGGCAGCUGAACCGCCAGCGCCUGGCCGACUGUGGCAUCGGGUUCGGCCAGUCUGCCCUGGGCGGCAAAGGCGGGCGCUACUACGUGGUGACAGACUCGUCCGACCACGACCCCGUCACACCCCGCCCAGGCACGCUCCGCUACGCCGCGAUCCAGACAGAGCCCCUGUGGAUCGUGUUCGCCUCCAACAUGCUCAUCCACCUCUCCCAGGAGCUCAUCCUCAACUCCUACAAGACCCUCGACGGCCGCGGCGCCGACGUCCACAUCACCGGCGGCGGAUGCCUCACCCUCCAAUACAUCAGCCACGUCAUCAUCCACAACGUCCACAUCCACCACUGCUACCAGUCUGGGGAGACCAACAUCCGCUCCACCCCGUCUCACUACGGCUGGCGCACGAAAUCCGACGGCGACGGCAUCUCCAUCUUCGGCGCUAAGGACAUCUGGAUCGACCAUUGCUCGCUCUCGCACUGCAAGGACGGCCUGAUCGACGUCGUCAUGGGGUCCACGGGUAUCACGAUUUCCAACAACCACUUCUCCCACCACAACGAGGUCAUGCUGCUAGGCCACAGCGAUGACUACUUCCCCGACUCCGGGAUGCAGGUCACCAUCGCUUUCAACCACUUCGGGAAGAAGCUGAUACAGAGGAUGCCGAGAUGCAGGAGAGGGUACAUUCAUGUAGUGAACAAUGACUUCACCAGGUGGGAGAUGUAUGCGAUUGGCGGGAGCGGGAAUCCCACCAUUAACAGCCAGGGGAAUCGUUACAUCGCCCCCUAUGAUCGGAACGCUAAGGAGGUGACAAAGCGGGUGGGUAGUUCGAAAGAGGACUGGAGGGGGUGGAAUUGGAGGAGUGAAGGCGAUAUAAUGGCGAAUGGAGCCUACUUUGUGGCGUCGGGGGAGGGUGUGGAGGUCAAGUAUGAGAAGGCCUAUAGCAUAGAACCCAAAUCUGCAGGAUAUAUUGACCAAAUUACUAUGAAUGCCGGUGUGCUUGGCAGUGGUCGCAACAAUAUGGGCAAGUGGACAGCCAGAAACGACACUUCUUAUGGAGAUGCCAAUUCAGGCUUUUUCGAGGACUACGAUGAAUAUUCUGGGAGCCGGAGGCCUUGCUCUGCUCAUACUAUUCUCAAUGCUUUUCUAUCCCUCUUUCUCAUUUUAAGCAUCAAAUGAUUGGGACGAAUCUGAAAUAUGAUUUUCCUCCCUGUUAUUCUAGAAAUAUUCAUGUUAUUCAACUUCAUUGCUC